ACUACUUUUAACGGCUUCUGAAAAGUCUUGCAAAAAAAAAACUACAACCACAACGCCACCGCGAAAAUGACGGAAGUAUUGCUGCCAGGAACUAGAUCGGAGAAUUCAAAACCACCGCACGUAGUGGUGUUUCCAUUCCCAGCACAAGGCCACUUACUUCCUCUACUUGACUUAACUCACCAACUCUGUCUCCGUGGAGUCAACGUCUCCGUCAUCGUCACUCCCGGAAACCUAACUUACCUCUCUCCUCUUCUCUCCGCUCAUCCCUCCUCCGUCACCUCCGUCGUUUUCCCUUUCCCUCCUCAUCCUUCACUCUCUCCCGGCGUCGAAAACGUUAAAGACGUCGGAAAUUCAGGAAAUCUCCCGAUCAUGGCUUCUCUUCGUCAGCUUCGAGAUCCAAUCAUCCACUGGUUCCGAUCUCAUCCUAAUCCUCCGAUCGCUCUCAUCUCCGAUUUCUUCCUCGGGUGGACUCACGAUCUCUGCAAUCGAAUCGGUAUCCCUAGAUUCGCUUUCUUCUCCAUCAGCUUCUUCUUAGUUUCCGUUCUCCAAUUUUGCUUCGAAAACAUCGAUCUAAUCAAAUCAACGGAUCCGAUUCAUCUCCUGGAUCUUCCUCGUGCUCCGAUCUUCAAGGAAGAGCAUCUUCCGUCUAUAGUCCGACGAAGUCUCCAAACUCCGUCACCGGAUCUUGAAACGAUCAAAGAUUUCUCCAUGAAUUUGUUGAGCUACGGAUCUGUUUUCAAUUCUUCUGAGAUUCUGGAAGAUGAUUAUCUUGAUUACAUGAAACAGAGGAUGGGUCAUGAUCGGGUUUUUGUAAUUGGCCCGCUUUGUUCAAUCGGGUCGGGUCUUAAAUCGGAUUCGGGUUCUAUAGACUCGAGUUUGCUGAGUUGGUUAGACGGAUCCCCAAACGGGUCAGUUCUAUACGUUUGUUUCGGAAGUCAAAAGGCGUUGACUAAAGAUCAGUGCGAUGCUUUGGCUCUAGGCUUAGAGAAAAGCAUGACCCGGUUCGUUUGGGUGGUUAAGAAAGAUGUGAUACCCGACGGGUUCGAGGAUCGGGUUUCUGGACGGGGAUUGGUGGUUAGAGGAUGGGUUUCCCAGCUGGCGGUCUUGCGACACGUGGCAGUUGGUGGAUUUUUGAGCCAUUGUGGAUGGAACUCGGUGCUAGAAGGGAUAACGAGUGGGGCUGUGAUCUUGGGCUGGCCCAUGGAGGCGGAUCAGUUUGUGAACGCGAGGUUGCUUGUGGAGCAUUUGGGUAUUGCGGUUAGGGUUUGUGAAGGUGGUGAAACUGUACCUGACCCGGUUGAGCUGGGUCGGGUCAUAGCGGAAACGAUGAGUGAGGGAGGACGCGAGGUGGCUGCUCGGGCGGAGGAGAUACGGCGGAAGACCGAGGCCGCUGUGACGGAGACAAAUGGAAGCUCUAUCGAAGAUUUACAAAGACUUGUCAAAGAAGUUGGAAAAGUCUAAAGUUAAUUUCAUUUGAUGUAAUUAACUAAUUAUGUGAGCAAUAUUUUGCAAAUGUAUGUACCAUUUGUUCUGCUUCUAUAGUCAGUGGUAUUUUCAAUUUCGUUAUUAAUAGUAUGGAGAAAACAAGUAUGGUUUAUAAUUGAACUAAAGGAUAAAAGUAGCA